UUCAAAAUGAUGAAGCGUUUGUUUGAAUAAGCAUACGCCUUUGAAUCGUUUUAGUAAACACACUUUGGAUAACUUUUCAUAGGUGUGUUUCAAACGAGUAAUUUAGAAUUAAAGCUUGACAUAUUUCGUUAUAUUAGUACGUGGUAUUAAUUGGUAAUAAAUGUUGACAUAACGGAUUGUUAUUUGAAAUUAUCAUUGAAAUACCGAAUAAGCUCAAUAUUAGUUUCAAUGCGCAUUAAUCCUGACUAAUUCAAAGCAUAAUCUUAAAAGAAAACACGAAAGAAUCUCAAAGAUAAGAUAGGCUGUUGGUUAAUGAAACACAAAAACACGUGGACACGUUUUGUUGUUUAAGUGGAAAGAAAGAAAAAAAAGGAAUAUGAUAUUUCAGAACGUUUUAGCUUUAGCGGCAACACUUGUCCUGGUACUCAUUCAGCUAGGAUCAAUGGAUAUGGUGCGUUCUUCUAAAGUGCGCAUCACAGGUGGCAAAGACUUCCUUGGUGUGGUUCAAUUUAAUGAAAACGGAACGUGGUCUAGCCUUUGUACUGAUGGGUUUGGGAAGACAAAUGCGAAGGUUGUGUGCAGGCAGCUUGGUUUCAAGAAAGGUAUUGCUUUGAAAAUGAGCUCUUUUGCAAAUGCAGUUCGUCCGAACAUAUCUUGUGUUGGCAAGGAGACCUCAAUAUUGAAAUGCAAAUAUAACAUUGGAGGGCGUUGCAAGGAAAGUUGGAAAAAUGCCGGAGUUCUAUGCUACAAUCAAAACAAACCUUCAGUUCGCAUUAACGGUACACGAAACUCCGGUCGUGUUGAAAUUCAAGUUGACGACAUCAAUUACACAUUUUGUGAAAGUAUGUGGCAGAGUGGUCCAUCUAGAACAGCCUGUAGGCAAUUCGGGUUCAACGACGGGCUGAGAAGGAUUUAUCCAAAUGGUAACAUGACCAUGUUAGCUAUCAGCAUCUGGUGUGACUAUAAGGACCAAUCAAUUUUCUCGUGCUCCUGGUUCUUGAAAGACGAUUCCACAUGUCUCGAAGUGAGUAGAGCUGCUGGCGUGGUGUGCUAUAAUAAUGUGCGUAUAACUGGCGGUUGGGAGAACGACACAAUGAUUGCUGGUGUAGUGGAAAUGUAUUAUCCCGACUAUGUUGCUACAACGAAUUGGUUUACCAUGAGCCCUACCGGUUUCGACGAAAGGGAGGCACUGGUUGUGUGUCGAGAACUUGGCUUUCCUUACAGUAAACUUCUACCGUUAGGAUUAUUUGGGGCAAAGAGCAUCCCCAUUUUCCACCAAUUUAAUUGUAGUGGAAGUGAAAUUAGUUUUGCCGACUGUGAUUACGGAAAGGCAACCCUAGAAGACUUCCACAUCGUAUAUGCCUGCUACGUAAGACCAUAUGGAAAUUGUUGGCAGCGGUCAACUAUGACCUACGAGUACUCUUCUAUUGUCUGCUCCGCAUACCUAUUUGGGAACGAAGGAAUGAGGGUACUUCCCGUUGACCAUUCACCUACCAUAGUGUAUGUGGCGAAAGACGGGAUAAAGGGAGUUAUAUACCCUGAAGAUUGGGACGAUGGUGACGCCCAGGUCAUGUGUCAACAGCAGGGUUAUAAAACAGGAGUCGCCCUCGGACCCAAGUAUGCAGAUCCAAGUUACCCAUACUGGAUGUCAAACGUGCAAUGUGCUGGAACAGAAGGACACAUUGAAAAUUGUACCUUUGAUGAAACACCUCCUCUUUGGAAAGCAUUCUCAUUCAGGGACUUUCGCGGCGCGGCACAAGUGCAUUGUACAAAUGGCACAGGUGUCGAUAUACAACUUGAUGCUGGAACAACGCCAAACUCAGGAAUGGUGAAGGUUUCUGUUAGCGGGGAGUGGGGCGUUAUCUGCGAUAGGAACUGGACUAAUAUGGGCGCCAGGGUAGCUUGUCGUCACUUGGGCUUUUAUGACGGUCUUGCUGGUACCAAUGUUAACAAAUCAUUAGGAAACGGUCGUUUGUGGUUGCACGACAUAGAAUGCAGCGGUGAAGAAAAGUCUAUAUUUUCCUGUCCGGGAAGUUUCAAUGUUACAAAUCAACAAUACUAUGACACGUGCAUGGCGUAUGUUUUCUGUACAGAAAAAGUUCGAGUUCAACCCAAUGUGACAUUUGGCGCUGUUCAAGUAUGGGACAGAGAUAACUAUCAUCUAGUGUGUGCAGAAGGUUUUGAUGAACUUGCUGCUCAAGCAGUGUGUCGGUCCCUUGGGUUCGCUUAUGGAACAAGCAUAUGUUGCUCCGCUUUCGGAAGAAUGGAAUAUGAAAUUGUAUAUAGCAAUAUUAAAUGUACUGGUAUUGAGUCAGAUAUACUCGAAUGCGAUUAUGUCAAAUUAUUUCCCAAUUGCACCAGUGGACAUUACGCCUCUGUAGCCUGCUCGAAUCAACCGGAAAAUAAAGAUUAUGAAUUAAAGAUCCAUACAUCUGGAAAAGUUACCACAAGACAUUUUGAUAAUUCGGGCUUUAUCUGUGCUAAUGGUUUUGAUGAUGCAACAGCAACAGUAAUUUGCAGAGAAAAGGGAUAUAAAGGUGGAUCUGCGUAUUUCCAUUCCAGAAAUACUAAAUAUAACACCCUCCCACAUUUAGGUGUUCCAUGGUUAGCAAACAUUGCGUGCAAUGGAACCGAAUACUAUCUUGGACAAUGUGAAAAAGACAAAUGGGGCUCAGUUGGGACUUGCGAUGAAAACAGAAUACCUGCAGUUUACUGUUACAACCAAACGGGUUUCGUUUUUUCCCUUGUGAAUGGAACAGAUAAUGGUAAUGGACUUGUUGUGUUCACCGUAGAUGAUAAAAACGGUGCGAUAUGUGUACGCGAUUCCGUUAUUGGAGAACGGCAAAAACUUGCAGCCAUUUUAUGUAAACAGCUUGGCUAUGGAAACGGCAGCCUGCUUUUAAAUGGUACAGAAGCUGAUAAUGACGUCGUCGGAAUGGAAAGAUUUCCUGGAAAGUUGAAUAUGUUUAUAACCAAGGUCGAGUGUACCGGAAACGAAAACAGUAUAACGGAGUGUACGUUUAGGAUUGUAGAAGACUGGUCGACGUUCACUGAAGAUUGGAUAUCGAUUACAACAGAUGGAUGUCACAACUGGUCUUGUAUGAGAGAACGAAAUUACAACCGAAUGUAUGCGAUAGAAAAAGAACUCUCGUGUUGGGGAGGAAAACAACGUUUAGCUGUCAAAUGUUUCCUUUAAUACCGUGUUAAUUACGAAAAGCUAAGUAUACAUAAUAUAUAUAUAGCAAUUGAUAAAUAACGCUAUGACAUAAUAUUUAUUGCUAUUACAAGACAUUAAAAUGUAAAAAGAAUACUUGGAAAAAUAAUUUGUACGUAAUUCCCGAAAAUGAGAACAUACUAAUAAAAAGAGACAUUUGUUUUUUACAUAAUUUAAUAUAUUCAUUUCAUGUUUAUCUUCUCGGUGUUUGUUCCUAUGUCUUCUUCUAUAUUAAGAUUUUGUUCCGAGUAUCUAGCCCUAGCAAAUAAUAUCCUUAACGCAUUGCCAUUGAUACAAAAAAAUAGUUUUACAUAAACUGACAUAAAAUAAAAGACUCAAGUUAUCGUUUGACUUUAAACCAGUACUAAAUCGUUCGUAUACUCCUGAACAAACUUGGGAAUCUUCCCAAAUUACCAUAACGGCAGCAAUGCGUGAUGACUGUCCAAAAUUUGUUUAAAGAAUCUCUUGGUAUCCUGUGCUUUAUAGUACCUUUAUAUAGUGUAGGAAUUUCCAUAACAUAUCAAAGCAUCUAUUUGGUUAAGUCUUUCACUAAGUCUUGUGUCUUCAAGCAUAAGAUCAAAAGGUUUAUUCAAAGCGAACAAAGCACGCGUGUCUGCUCCGAUAACUUUGAUGUGCUUUCGAAUAAUUCUAUGUUGUGAUAGAGUAAAGCCUGGAUAGGUAUGUUUUUAACAACAUCCAAUUUAUAACCAUCAUAGUGCAAAUCAACAUUUUUUUUCUAUUUCCUUUGUCUCAAAUCAUAGCAUUUGCCUACAUUUACAGAUAUUACCAACAAACAGUAUCACCUGCAAACGAAAAAUAAAUGAAAAAGGUCGGAUUUCUUCAGUCGGGACAACGUUAAUAUUAUAUAUAAUUUAGAUACUCUUCAAUAUGAUAGAUAACAAAAAUAAAAAGGCGUGUACGCUGUUCACCUUGUUUGACACCUAUAUUACUUCCAAAAAAUUCACUAUUGCGAUGUACGCAUGGCUUUACUUUUUUCAGAAAUCUAUUUAAGCAUCAUGACAGGUUUUGUAGAAGCACUAAACUGUAAUGAUUUCUAUCUAAUAUAGUUAAAUAUAAAAUCUAUAUCUAUUUCAACGAUUUCCUUAUUUUAGGAGAUAUCAAUACUAUCUUAGGAAAUGUUUCGCCUUCAAAAAGGUUUUAAAAAUGUUUUGGACACAUUAUGUUUUUCACACUUGUAUUGGAAAUUGGCCUGCUUCUUACUUUAACGCGUUAUGCAUCAAUCAUUUUUAUGUUUCAUAUUCUACAAUGUACGGAAUUCAUCAGUAUAAUGUUUUGUGUACAUUGUUUUUCCAAAUCUCAAUUCACGCUUUGAAAUUUCAAAUUCAUUAUUAAAUCAAGAAUGUUUUAUAUUAGGCUGGAAGGUUUCAGUGUUUAAACCAAACAAGGAUUCAAUGUUGCUUAGCUCUAAAACUGUCAACUUGGUCAUGCAAAUAGGUUAUUUGGUUAUAUAAUGUAUAUAAAGUAUAGAUUCUUCAUCUAUUUGUUUUUUAAAACGUUUUCAAAUGAGAAAUUUAUCAAAAUACAACACAUCUUUUAUUAUAAGAUAGUAUCUUACAUUAUGAAGAAUAUAUAAAAAUGAAGAAAAUAUGCUCGUUCAUUUUUUGUUUCUCUAAACUUUCAAUGACAUCACUUUUGAAUACAUGACCUUACAAUAUACUUGUUGACGAAAGGACACUGUACCUCCCAUGUUAUAAUGACUUAUUUAUAAUAUUUGUAGUUAUAGUAUGUAACGUGAAACUACAAUCAUGUCGAUGACUUUUGAAAAUGACACUGUAACCCAAUUUGAUAAAGGCAGAUAUCUACAUAACGUAUGUUUAUAUUAUUAAAUCAUGAAUUAAUUCCAUGGUGUGCAAUUUUGUUUAUUCAAUCAUAAGAAAAAGUUUUUAUAACUAUUAAAAACUCGUAGGAAGAAGCCACGAGCAAUCGGUUUAGGGUUGUUUCGCAAAUUCACUGUGAGAUAUCAUGUAAAAAUAAAAAUAAGAUGCAAGGGACUUAGGAUUAACACGGACAAGACAUUUCAUGAUGAAAUGACUACGAAGGGACAAUAUUUAUGCAAAAAGCUGAAGAAACAAGCUCAGUAGCAAAAAGUUUGAACAUAAACCCGGUUUAAUGGCACUGGGUAAACGCUAACGACAAACUUACCGUAAAAUUGUUCAUUUUUACAAAAACAUAAUACAAAGUGUCUUCCGUCGAAAAUAGGCGUACGUAGUUUUAUUUGUUAGUUGUAAUAAAGAUCUACCAUGAAGUAUCUCCAUAUAAUUAUUAUCUAGGAAUACAAAAUAUAUAUUUCUUAAUAACAUUGCUUUAUAAUUUAACUUAAAUAAUUAACGUACUGGCAAAUAAAAACAACUAAUUAUUGCAUUAUUAUGAAGAAAAAUUAUGUCUGAUUUGAAUUAAAAACAGUUCAUAAUAAAAAUUGUAACUUUUUACAGUAAAAUGCUGUCUAUACUUUAUAUAGUGUUUAAAAUUAUAUUUUGUCUUAUUGCAUGGCAUUAUUUUCUAAAAGGAAUCAUCUAUAUAAUUCAAUUUAUCAUCAUUUAUGAUAAUAACCUAGUAAGUUAGCUGUUUAAACAGUGUUUACAUUUGGUCGUUUGAACACACAGCAGAGGUAUGGCUUACGCAUUUCAGUGUGUGCUGUACCUGAAUAUGCACCAUCCAAUUAACUUAUUUGUGUUUUGCACAAAAACAGUUAAUAGAUAUUGAAAGGGAUGUUAUAAACAUAAUAUAACAUCUACCUGGUUGAAGUGAAUUAGUAAGCAUUUACCAAUUUAUCAGUCGAACGACAUUAGCAAUUCUUGUCUAUUGAUUCUGGUAAAUACUUCCUAUUAACAUUUGAAAAUACAUUCUAUGGUAUAAUUAUAAAACUUCCAAUUGUCUUGAUUUUCCUUUCGAUGUGCUUUCCAUAUCUGGUACACUGUUUCUGUGGAUACAUUUCAAGCAGUGUUUCAGGCACCAUUGGGGAUAAUUAACACCUCUUCAUUUUUGUCUUCUACAUUGCUUAGUCUUGAUACGACUGGGAGUCUCUCAUUUUCGUCUUUCUCUUCUACCUGUCCGUCGUGUUCUUAAUUGCCCCAUCUUCCUGACUACAAAUAGUGGUUGGUCAAUGGCAGUUCUAUCAAUUCCGUACACAAUACUUGGCCACUUAUCUCAAGGAUUUCAUGGUCACUUUACAAUCAAAUGUUAGUUCCAAAGAAUGGCGAUAUUAUCCUUACUUAUUUUCUUACUUUACUGUGGAAAAUACUGUAUUAAAAACCAAAACUAAAAAUAUGAAAAAUCAUCGACGGAUAAGGCAGGUUCUUGAUAAUAUUUGUUUAUACAAAGUUAAAGUCUGUCACUCCCAUGAUGAUAAUAUCAGGCCAUUCUUGCGGCUGGAAGUUGUGAUCAUCCGGAUCAAAGUCUGGAGCAAAGAUUUCUUUUAAAAUGUGCUGGACAGCUUUAUGUCAACCCUGAAAUGCCUGUUUGGUAGUAAUAAAAAUGAAUAGUGCUUCAUUGAGAGUAGCAUUGUCCUACAAAUGAAAAUGAUCUUAAUAAUUAUAUAUUUUAUAGAAUAAGUGAACAUUAUCAGCAUACAAGUAUGCAAACAUGUAUCAUUAACGACAAGACCAAACGACACUAAUCUGGAGUUGUUAUGAAUAAUUCUCUACGUUCUUUUCAUCAAAAACACAUUUUAAUAUAUAUCAAUAAUGUAAUGUGUAUUUAACAAAUGAUAUCUGACUGCAUGGAUGUACAAUACGAUAUAUCUGGUUUCCUUUUAUUCCUUUUCUCGUGUUCUUGAAUGCCCCCACUAGAUUCAGUAAACCUGAUAAGUGAAAACAGUUGUGUUUGACGAGCUUAGGAAUGUGAGUUCACAUUCAUAAACAAUACUUAUAUUUGUGCAAUUUUCCUUUUGAAGCUCUCAUCUAAAUUAGGUACCUUUCUUUUCAACACAGAUGAACCAGAAACUCUGUUUUUAUAAACAUAAUUGAUAUAAUAUCAUAAUAUAUUAUUAUAUCAUAAAUAUUAAUAUAAUAUAAUAAUAUUGAAUUUAUGUUCGAGCUGUUGUUUUCGUCCGUAAUAUAAUUUUUCGGAAGCAAAUAUUUGAAGAUUCAGCUUCAAAGUUCAAUAAAAUGUCUAAAGAUGAGCAAAGGUAAUGUGUUUAUUUUAUUUAAAAGGGAAGUAGCUACAAUGACUUUUAAAAGUAGGUCUAAAGGUUAAUAUUUUCACUCGUCUGCAGUAAAAUAUCAAUUUGAUAUUUUCACUUUUGUUAUUUCAACGAUGAAACUCAAAUAUUUCGAAAAGCAUAAAAGAUGAUUUUUUUUAAAUCAUUUAAAAACUAUUUUUUAAGACAAUUUAUUCCCAAGAAAUAUAUUGAUCACUUUCAAAAGAAUGAAAACGUUAAUAUAAAUCAGUUAGACAAUGUGUUUGAAGUUAGAAUAAGGUGUAAAAGCUACACGUUUAUUGAAAGAUGUUAAAGCGGUGUAGUUGAUUAUUUAACGCCUGGAAUGUAAAGUGAAUGUAAUUGUGUUAAACUUCGUAUAUAUUUCUCUUCCUUGUGUAUAGCAACACAGUUGGAUAAAAGGAAUGAUUGACUUUUAAUGACUAUCUCAAUGAUGUUAACAAGUAUCACGAUAUAACCCAUACAAGUAUAUUUUCUUACGUAUGUCCUAUACUGAUGGAUAUGGUUAGUUGAAGAAUGAUGUUAAUCUUCAAGCAGAUUAUCAAUAUGUUAUGUAGAGGGUACACAAUGCUAAAAGAAGUUGUACUGUGCAUUCAGGAACUUUCAUAAGGUAUGCAAUAUUGUAUUUAAAAAUGGUAUAUGAUACAAUCAUAACAAUUAGGUGCUUCUACACAAUUUGUAUCAAAGAUUAAAAAGAUUUAUCAAUACCAAAUGACCUGAUCAGUACGUGUAAAAUCGCAAUAUUUUGAUUAACUCGACAGUUAUAAUGGUGUCAAAGAAGGUGAACAGCUUUCAACAUAGUUACAUCUGUUUUCGUAUUAUAAAUGAUAUGGAAGAGAUUCUAAUAUUAUGUUAAAUUAACUUAAUCACUAUUUACUAACAAAUUCUACUAUUGUUUCGUUGUAUGCAGAUAAUACUCUAUCACAAAAUAAAACUUUUUUGCAAGCCCUUAAUUAGUUAUCAGAGCAGGCACUGAGUGCUUUGUUCUCAUCGAAUUUAUUUUUUGCUGUAAGGCCUUUAGAUGUAAGUGAUAAACUUAACCUAGUUGAUGCUAUGAAAAUAACCUCUAAACUUUAUAAUGGUGUUGAGGUAUGGCGUUACCAUAAAGUCCAGGAUAUCGCGAGAGGGUACAACUAAAAUUCUUGAAAACAAAUUUAAUGUGUAAGAAAGCCAUCAUGCAAUGCUGCCGUUUAUUGUGAAUUGGCAAGAAUCCCAUUAAGUAUAUCCAUGAAAAUACGAAUUAUUUAGUACUGGUGUAAAGUCAAACGGUUUCCUGACUCGCUGAUGUAUAGGUCAUUUAAUAUUAAAUCUAUUCAUUACGAGUAUAUGAACACGCGAAUAAUUAAUUUGAGGGAGGAUGCGCUUGAAUUUGGUUAUGUAUUUACAAUUGGAAAUGUAACAAAUUUACAGAUUGAAGCUGUUGUUAGAUGAUUAUUUGCUACUUAGUUACCUACAACGAUGGUUUACAAAUGUUUGAUAUUCAGAAACACUACAAUGUUAUGUUAGUUUUAUAAAAAAGUUUUCAAUUGAAUGAUGAUUUAUUUUGCAUCCGAUGUUAAAUGUAAAGACUAUCAUUAUGAGUAUUUUAAUGUUAUUAACUUACUAGAUUCAGAUGUUCGGCACACAACCACACUGUUGAAAAAGGAAUAUAUAGAAAUUAAGAACAAUAAGAUGCUAUAAAUGUAAUGCCGAUGGUGAAGAAAUUGAAUAUCACUUUUUGUAAGUAUGUCCUUUGUACAGAAUUUGACAGAAUUUAACAACUUAAUUUCUUGUGAUAACGUAUUGAAUAAAAGUGCAACUUAUCUAUCAUUUGCUAUAAAUAAAACUUAUGCUUAAGUUUUUAAUAUGAAUGUUAUAAUAAAUGCCACGUUCAGUUUAACUUCAUUCUUAGUCAAAUAAGUGUGCCGACGUAUUUCAUUAAUCACUAUCGUAAUAUGUCGACUGGUCCCCAUUAAACCUUUUAAAUCGUUUAUGUUUGUUUCGUUAAAAAUGUGUAUGCUUUUUGUGAGCAAUAUUUUGUUUAUAUAAUGCUUUUUAUUUUACAGACCAAAUUGUGUUUAACUAUUAUUAAUUAAGUAUUACGUAUUGGACAAGAUAAAGGAAUACUCAUAGUAUCUACACAUUACAAUUGACGAAAAUAUAUGCCAGAACUCGCAAAAUUAGGCUAAUACGAGUUGCAGCCGUUUUGAUUGGUUACUGAAAUCGCCAAAUACGGGAAAAUAGGAAUGGACAUUUUUCAUUGCCUGUCGAGGAUGCUGUUUUUCGUUUUAUCGAAUUAAUAUUAUUAUGAUAUCAAGUUGAAACUUCAUGUAUUAAUACCUAUGCCUAUAACAAAAUUUAGAACAGCGUGUAUGCGUGUAUUCAUAUAAUCAUCAAGUAUCCAACUGUAUGAAAAUGAUUAAUUCGUUGGUUUUGUCAUAAAUGGCCUACGUAAUUAUUAAGUUAUCAAUAAAAUCGUUUUUUAAAAUAUUUAUCCUAUGAAAUCACUUAUAUCUGUACACAAGUAUUUUCCAACAUAAGAAAAACGUUUCCAGCUAUUUAAAAUA